AUGGCAUCAAAUCUGUUUUACAGUCAAUUUGAAUCCUACAUCCAGAGUUUUAUUUCUUCGACAAAACGUUCAUUCAAAAGAUCCAUUCAAUUGAUACGUGAAUUAACUGAAGGCAAUGUACUUUUCACGGGUAUUCUUAGUAAUCUUCAGUUUAAUAUGGUUGUUAACGGUACUGAAAAUGUAUUUUUAACCAUAAAUUACACGACAUUUAUGGAUAACUCAUCAAACUGUUCAUGUCAACAGACACCCACAUGCGUAGCACCAUCUUCUGUCUUUUACGAUGUUUCCUAUGCUGCCAAACCAGUGAUUCGAUUUACUGUACCGGGAAUUAUGCGUGGAUGUUAUAUCCUUGAAGCGUUUCUUCAAUCAAAUUUGAUCUGUUUUUAUAAUCAAUCCUGUGUCAAUAAUCUUCGUUCUGCAUUAAAUACAACAGAUCCGUUGAACAUGACCAUUGUACUCAAUACAACUGCACUCAAUCCAUUACUUCCCAGUCAAUUUCAUAUCAAUUCAACAUUGAAUGAUAUUAUUAAUGAAUUGAUGGUCGAAGAAUGGAUAACGAAUGCAUCCCACGAAAUGUAUUAUACAGCAUUUGAUCUCGGUAAUAUCAACUAUGAUUGGCUUGUUUGGAAGUCUUACUACGAUACUGAAAUUUAUCGUGCCAAUCGUAGUCAAAAGAGUGAGAUUAUAUCUUCAACGACAUGGCAACAGGGUCGCAAACAUCGAUGA